GUAGUCUCACCUACAAUAAUGUUAUCACUUAAUUGUAUUUAGAAAGGUUUCACAUUGUAAUAUAAUUUGUGCCAUAAUAAUAAAGAUGUACAUGAUUGUAUGUUAUGGUCCCUUAUGGUCACCCCAUUGUAAUUGAGACGUGACUUCAGAGCCCAAUCUGUAAAUGGUGUGAAAUAAAUUAGAUAGGAAACAUGACACCUUUGGUUUCACUUUAAUGAGCAGACCUCACAGCCCAGUCUAUAGUACAGAGAUACACAUCUCGGGAAUCGUUCAGCCAUAAACACAGUUUGUGGACUCAGCAGCUGGGACUGAUUGUCUGUGACACUGCAGACCACCAUAUGUGUGCAUCUGUAGGACAGACUGACCUGCUGGUCCCAUAGAUCAGGAUAGAUGAGAGUGGAGCUUGUUUCCUGAUCUGGGGUGUUUCUGUGAGAAGGUAUUACAAUACCAGUUGUGGGACAGAAACUGAACACCAUUCAUUUUCAUGUGCAUAGAUUAUAGUGUUGGGUGUUUGUUAUACCAACACCACCAGACAAUGAAGGACAAAACUCAAGGUGCCCUGUGGUCAACCAGAAACAUAUAAUACACAAUUGUCUGGAGGGUACAAUACAUACUACUUUGUAUACAUGUUAUUAUCUGGCCAGUGAACUGCAUGGACCUUCAAUAACUGGACGUCAGGACUCAUUCAUUGUACAUCCUUGUAACACUGUACCUAGCUAGCAAGCUACAUGCAGAUUCCAUCACAGCAGCUAUGGAGGUGUGUCUCUGUACAGGUGUGAUAUUAUAGGUGUGUCAUCGUGUAUGGAUACUAUACAGAGAAAUUAGUAUGAUAUAUAGACAUAACUACAGCCAGUGAAUCACCUGGAUGGAAACAUGGAUAGGUCUAAGGUGGUCAGAUGGUUGGAUGGUGUCAACUCAGAGAAAGUAAAGUACAGAGCUGCAGAAAAUGGAGGUCAUAGUGCAAGUGAACUGAAUGAUGACAACAAUGGUGUGACCACAGUUGAGUUACUGAAGAGAGAUGGAUUUGGACUGGGACUCAUCAUAUCAGGUGGUGUGGAUAAAAACCUCCGGGCACAAAUCUCAAAUCUGAAACCAGGGGGCAUAGCAUACAGAUCUGAUUGCCUGGAGAUUGGGGAUUACAUUCUGUCAGUCAAUGGGAUAAAGACGGUGGAUAUGAAACAUGAUGAGAUCAUCAGUCUUCUUCGUAAUGUUGGUGAACAAGUUCUGCUGGAGGUCGAGUACCAACUACCGGAUAAUUCUAUUUCUGACUCGUUUGCUGUCAGCUGGAAACAGAGUAACAUCACUCUAGAGAAGGAGGGUCAGAGCUUUGGGUUUACAUUGAGGGGAGGCUACAAUGAUAGACAAGUGAAGGUCCGCCCUCUAACCAUCACCCACAUCAGAGGAGGUGGUCCUGCAGACAGAGAUGGAUCCAUUAAGAUUGGAGACAGGAUUGUUGCCAUUAAUGAGUACAAUGUGGCCCACUUCACCCUGUCUGAGGUCAACAUGUUCCUGAACCAGUGUGGCCAGGAGGUGACCUUUACUGUGGAGUAUGAUGUAUCAGUCAUGGAUGCAGUGAAGAAUGCUCUAGGUCCUCUACUGGUGGAGAUAGACAAACUUCAAGGGGUGACCCUGGGAAUUGCUCUCACCCAGGCCUCCCACCAGGGGCGUUGGUGUCUCUGUAUAGACAACAUGCAGCCAAUGAGUAUAGCAGACAGAUGUGGGGCAUUAAACAUUGGGGACCUGAUCCUGUCAAUAGAUGGUGCCACAGUGGAGCACAUGUCAAUAGCAGAGGCGACACAGCUGCUGAGGAAUAGCACAGAGGAUGUGGUAAAGUUGGAGAUCCUGCCGGUCAGGGUCGUUCAGCAACAAAACUCUCGUGACAUCCUCAGUAAGAAUGGAAUGUUCUCCGCCCCAGUACGUAAUUCCCAUCUAGCUGCCGCAUCCUCCUUCCCAGCUAUCCCUUCCUCCUUCUCCACUCCUGUAGGGUUCGGCAGCCAACACCCUAUAGCAUCUAGCAUGUUGUCCUUUCCUUGUGGGUCAGGUACCCUGAAAAUGUCAGGAAGGAAACAAUCAGCCCUUGUAAGAGGGAGCAAAAAACCUAGUUCUUGUAUGUCAAUAUCAUCAGCCACUACAUCUAUGAUGGUGAGUAACCAAGUGUGCCAUUCUGAGACUUUGACGGUCAGUUUGAAGGGUGACUAUCGUGGACUAGGGAUGAUUGUAACCGGUAACAGUGACCAUUCUGUCCUGGACGAUGCCCCAGUCGUGUCCUGUUUACAGUUAGGCAGUGUAACUGAGCGGUGUGGCCUGAUACAGGAAGGAGACCGAGUGUUGUCUAUCAAUGGGAGGGACACAUGCGAGUGUAGCUUGGAGGAGGUGAGCCGAGUCCUCAGACAGCCCAAACUCAAUGUAGAACUGGAGAUGGAGUUUGAUAUCACAGAGUCAGUGAUGCCAAGUUCUGGUACAUUUGUGGUGAAACUUCCGUACCCAGCUGGAGGUAUAGGGAUUACCAUCAAUAGGCCAUGUAAAGACAAAGUCAAUGAGCCGAUAAUGAUCACCGGGGUCCAGAAGGGCAGUGUGGCCUACAGGUGUGGAUCUAUCCAGCCUGGAGACAAACUGUUGACCAUCAAUGACAUCAGGACUGACAACUUGAGUGUUGAGGAGGCCGAGAACACUCUACAGAGCUGGGAUGAUAUUGUAAAGCUCAAACUCAAACGAGAUGACCCAUACACAGAUGAUAGUGGAGAAGAGUGUGUGACAUAUACAGUGGAGCUACAGCGCCAUGGGGGUCCUCUGGGUAUCACUAUAUCAGGAACAGACAACCCCGCUGACCCUAUCAUCAUAUCAGAUAUCAUCGAAGGAGGCUUGGCAGAAAGAACUGCUGCAAUACACAAAGGUGACAAAUUACUGGCCAUCAAUGGUACAACAACCAGGGCACGCACCCUGACUGAUGCCACGCAGAUGUUACAAAACGCUGGCGACCGUGUCAACCUGAGAAUCGCCCGGCCAGCAGAAACAUCCAAAACUAAAAAUAAAAAAAUGCAGUUGCCUGACCGAUCCACCACACCUAUCGCCAGUGUGGACAGUGCCAUGGAGUCCUGGGACAGUUCCGGGCCAGACGUUGGCUCAGGAACAGGGGCACAUGCCCUCAUUGUGGGCAAGCCUCUCCCUAGAACCAAGCCCAGUGUAUCACAGUCCCAAGAUUCUGCCAACUUUGCUACAGAAACCACUGGAAAUGGUGAUUUUAAUCCGUCCGACUCUGAGUGGGACAACUACAGUAAUGGUAGUCCUAACAACGGCAGUGAUGACGGGGAUGGUAGUGAUUGGCAGAUCAGUAAAGCAUUUAAGGACUAUGAAAACCAAUCAGAAAUGUUGAAACAAAUUAGUGCAAGUCUACAACAGCGAGGGACAGCAAGUCUGGAUAGACGGAAAUCUUCCGAACAAAAAUCAAAAUUGUUGAAAAAUUUCUCUCAUAGUACUGCAAAGGACUUUGCAAGUGAAAGUGAACUCCAUCAUAUGGAAAGACGGUCUAAACAGGGUACAAAAUGUAAAGACAAUCGUUUAAAGAGUGAUGCCUAUCAGGAUCAUGUGAAAACCAUAUUCUCACCUACCGCCCUCCAGUUACACAAAGUGAAACUUGUAAAGGAAUCUGCAAUAGACGAUUUUGGAUUUGGUUUAUCAGAUGGAAUGUAUGAAAAGGGUGUGUACAUCAGUGGAGUGCGUGAAGGAAGUAUAGCAGACAAUGCAGGAGUGAAACAGUUUGAUAGAAUACUCCAGGUGAAUGGACAUAAAACUCGAGAUUUUGAUUGUUGUUUGACGAUACCUCUGAUCACAAAGGCAGGUAAUAAACUGAACUUGAUUAUAUGUCGUAAUCCUAUCGCCAAGACUAAGAGUCUGACAAUGGACGGGAAAGUGAAAGAAACUAAAACAUUACGCGAAUACAACUCGGUGGAUGGUUCUCAGCCAUACAUGAAUGUGGCACAUUUGGUGAAGGAGACAGACACACCAAAGAGUGUAUGACAUCUUCAGUGAGUGUGUGAAGAGAUCAUGUCAUGUGUGUGAAAGAGAAAGUGUCCAUGUGUGGGUGUGAAGAUGUAGGUUGUGUCAAUAUAUAUAUGUGUGUGGAGAGUGGAUAUUAAUGUGUAUUUAAAGAGAUGGUGUCAAUGUGUGUGUGGAGAGAUGGUGUCAAUGUAUGUGUGGAGAGAUGGUGUCAAUGUGUGUGUGGAGAGAUGGUGUCAAUGUGUGUGUGGAGAGAUGGUGUCAAUGUGUUUGUGGAGAGAUGGUGUCAAUGUGUGUGUGGAGAGGUGGUGUCAAUGUAUGUGUGGAGAGAUGGUGUCAAUGUGUGUGUGGAGAGAUGGUGUCAAUGCAGUAUAUGUAUCGAGAGGGAAUGUGUAUGUGUGUGAGAAUCACUUACCUGUGAUAUUAUUUUAGUUGUUUAAAGGUAGAUAUGAAGUACCUGUAGUUACGCAUAAAUACAAACUAAAAGUAAGAUGAAAUGAAAAAGUUUUAUUUGAAAGGAUUUCUGAAAAACUUUUUUCUUCCUAUUUUCAAAUUUUGUGACUCUCUUUAUAGAUGUUUGUUAGAUUUAGAUAUAAAUUAUAUACUCUAAUUCAAUACUAUAACAGUGACGGUGCUCUAUGUUAGAACUCCUGAUGUUACUACCAGGCAUUUGACAUCAGAUUCUAAAUUUUACUCAGAAUUUGUUUAAAUAACAGAUUUAGAAAUACUCUCUUCCUGUUCUGGACUCCAAUACAUGUAUGUAAUGCUAUAUAUACUCAGUUUGGUUGUGCCAGUGUUUGGAAGGAAAAUUUGUUUGUUGAUCUGUUGAAUUUUACAGAGUACAUAUAUAUUUUAAUGAUUUGUUGAAUUCCAUAUGAAAUUCUAUGUUUGAAUGAUGUGACAUCAUUCAACAGUGCUGGAAUGAGAUUCAAGAUAUCCCUGUAUAAGCUUAUCUCUCUCUCCUUUUUCUUUGUUUUUCUAUGCAAAAUUCAUGAUUGGGGUGUUUGUUGUCCAACUUUUACCUUCAGUUUAAUUUAAAGUCAGAAUUAUUAAGAUAAUCAUUACAAAAAUGAUUUUAUUAUAUUUAGAAGAAAGCAUUUACGAUAGACAGUUUUAUCCUGCUUUGUUUCAAUAUUGGUUCAUCAAUAGAUUUAAAUUCUUAAAACUACAUCAUAGAUUUGCAGUUUCAAUAAUAUUGUUAAAUAUUGAGAACUGUAGGUACAUUUAUAUAACUCGACUUUGAGAUCUUACCAGUAGUUAUUAUAUGUUGAUGGCACAUAACAUUUGUGACCUUUGAGAUCUGAAAUUACAUUAGUGUCAUUUAACUUAGAGAUACAUGUAGUUACAUUGUGACAGAAGUUUGAUAUUUGAAGUUACAUGUACAUUGUUAUGACAGAACUUUUAAAUAUGAAGUUAUAUUAUUGUGACUAGAUUUGAAGUUACACAAAUGUGUCUAACUAUGAGAUUUAUUUAUAAUGAUGAACAAUUAAAAACAUGUACAUGUAUGGUUUAGGUUUAUAUUUACUUAUAUAAUUACUUACACAAUGUACAGUUUUGUACCUACUGUGGUAAUAUGAUAUAUUACUAGAUACAUUUUUCAUGUACACCAAAUUUAAUAUAUUGCUUUAAUGAAGAACAUCAUAUACACACAAAGAUGUUUAAUUUGUAAUAUAGUUAAAAUCAGAAGUGCUUAAAAUGUCAAGAAUCUUUAAUCUAUAGACCAAUAUCAAUGCAAAAAAUUCAGAGCUUCUUUCAGUAUUGCAGUUUACGAAAAAAUGAAUGAUUUCGUGCUAUUAUACCUAUUACACAUGUACUGUAUAGUUCUUGUUUCCCCAAACAACAGCUUUUGAAAUAUAAGUGUGUGAAUUCUAUCUGUGGUUGAUACAUUAGAUGUCAAUUUUAGUGACCACCAAACCAUCUUGACUAACAUUGCACUGUACACCAGUAGAACAAUGAUAUUAUACAUAACCAGAUUUGUGUAGGAUAAGAUACCAGUGAUGAUUUUGGACCCCCAUGUCCAUCUCGGCCUCGGCCUACAUAUACAUCACUUCAUUAUCUGACAUAUAUAACAAGAAUAAAUUGCUGUGUGUAUGUUUAUUAAUCCUCAAGUUCCUAAUGGGAAUUUUCAUCAUUUUUCAAGAUGGCGGCCAUUGAGAAUUGACAAUUUUUUUUCUGUAAAAACAAACUUUAAAACAUCUCUACCUGUAUAAUUUACACACCCCCAACUUAAAACUUUAUUUCAGUACAAAAAGACUGCGCACAUUACACAAGUUUUUACGGGAGUCAGUGAUAGAACUUGUCUAGACCUGUAAACAGUAUCCCAGCGGCCUGCAUAGAUAGAACCGAGUCUGUAAUCAGUAUUUUUUAACCUCAUAUUCUUGUAUGAUCGUAGUAAUAUGAAGCUUAAGUAUUUAGUAUUAUUUUGCGUUGUGAAAAUUAAGUUUUAAACAUAGUUGAUAUGAAUCAACAAUAAUGAAUUUUGAACUAAAAUAUAACCACACAGUACUAUUGUAUCCCAAUAUAUAUACAUGUACAAUGUAUUACCAAUCUUAUAUAAUACAUGUACUGGAAUCAUUCUUACUCUUAUUAGUCCAUUGAAAUGUUCACGCAUUCAUGAUUCAAUGAUAUAAAUUCAAGAAAUAUUGAAACGGGAUGUGCAAUAUACCAUCAAAAUAUCUACAAAAAAUACUUGUUACAAUCAGAACUGCUCUAAUUCCACAGAUCAGUGUCAAAUUUUAAUGUUGCACUGUCCUAACCCAACUCAACUAGUGUGUCGGUCAUGAGCUCCAAAUAUUAUAUACCUCAAAAGAUACAGUUUGUUUCUUUAAACACAAGACUUUUGAUCAUCUAUAUUUAACACAACAUAUGUAUGGACAUUUCUGUAUGGGUCCUGUUGACUCCAAUACUAGAAUGAUGGAUACAAUGAAGUAUUUUAUAGCUGAUAUUGAUGAUGUAUAAAUUUUGCUAUGGUAUUUUUUGUCAAUGAUACAUCUACCAGUAUGUGAUAACAUUCAAUUUUACAUCAUCAAAUUCUCUUUCUGAUGAUCAUGAUCACUUGUACCUAACUUUAAGUUGUGAGCAAUGAGCAUUGAUAUGAGAAUAUUUUUCCUUCAGUGUUGAUUUACUUGUUCUAUUUAACUUCAAUGACUAUGUGCAGCUGUUUGUUGAGUCCGCUGGCGGAAUCCUGAUCAAAGUAUAUAUCUCACCAAAACGCACAAACCAGCUUAAAUUAUCUUUGUAUUAAUGCCAUGGUUUAGCGGGUAAAUUUUGUUUCAUUUUCCUAUAUGGCUGGUAUAUUUGCUAUCAAAGUUGCCUUAUUAAUUGUGAAAGGUUUUCAGUUCUAUAAUUGAACCCUGACCAUUGUGUACACAUUUGUAGUAGAGUCCCAACUGAUGUAUUGUCCUAACUCUUUAUCUUUCCAUUAUGUAGGUGUCUCAUAGGGUUUUCAUAAAGACAAUGUAACUCUCCUAUCAGAUGGACUACAUGAUGGCUUAAAUGCUGUCAGUGACCAGUAGACAUUACUACAGAUUUACAUUAUUAUGUUUUCAGCUUAUGAACAAUUUUACACAGCUUAUAAACAAUUUUACACAAAACUGUUACCAUGUUCUAGGUUUGUACCAUAAUUGGUCUGAUAAGCACCAUCCUCCUUUAGAGAUGAGUCCAUUAAAACUAGGUUUGUACCGUAAUUGAACUGAUAAGCACCUUGCACCUUUAGCGAUAUUCAGUCCAUUCAAACUAGGUUUGUACCGUAAUUGAACUGAUAAUAAGCACCUUGCACCUUUAGCGAUAUUCAGUCCAUUCAAACUAGGUUUGUACCAUAAUUGGUCUGAUAAGCACCAUCCUCCUUUAGAGAUGAGUCCAUUAAAACUAGGUUUGUACCGUAAUUGAACUGAUAAGCACCUUGCACCUUUAGCGAUAUUAAGUCCAUUCAAACUAGGUUUGUACCGUAAUUGAACUGAUAAGCACCUUGCACCUUUAGCGAUAUUAAGUCCAUUCAAACUAGGUUUGUACCGUAAUUGAACUGAUAAUAAGCACAUUGCACCUUUAGAGAUAAGUCCAUUUAAACAGAAGGGCCCUUUAAUCUGAAAAUGACCCCAUUUCCAAAAUAUCUAUGUGCAAACCUUGAUUAGUCAUGUAUAAAAGGAAUAAACACUCAAUUAGAAAAAUGAUAUGGGCGUUUUAUUUGGGGUGUCGCUUAUCGGUUCAAUUAUGGUGGAUUAAAUUCACUAUAUAAUGUGGUAUCUAAAUUGAGCACUGUAUAAUCAAUACAAUAUUUUAUGAAAUGUGUAAACAUAUUUAAAACAAUCAAUUACAACAUUAUAUAUUUAUUAUAUAAUUUAGAAGUUUCAUUUAUUAUAUGAUAUAUAUUAGAGGCAUUAUUUAUUCGUUCUCAUUACAUUCCAAUGCUGUAUGUUCUAGGCUAUCACAUCAUUUAUCAGUAUGUACAUUGUAUGUGGUUGUGCAAUAUAUCAUCAUUACAAUAUCCAUUAGUAGUAAAAAUUGUCAACACGUAUUAAUCAGCCCAAGUAUAUGUACUGUAAGAAUACAUGUCUUCGUCUAUACCUUUACUAUGGCACUUAUAUACUAUUUAUCUUUUAUCCCAAUCAGUUAUUUACAUCAGCUCCAUGCUGCUCACAAUAUGUUUUGGUUAUGUUGAGGAACAGGACUGCAUUGAUAGCUGGUGGCUGGGGCAGGUUAAUUGGAGAGUCCAUCAUGAGCUUUAUUCGGCGGCCCUGGGUUCAAUACCUAGCCAUCCUAUUUUCCCUCUUCUACUACAGAUUUUGUGCUAUGCCCACUAGGGAAAUAGACAAUCACACCAGCCUAAGCUGUUAAGAUGAACAAAGCUCAUUACUAUUACCCUAAUCAACCUAAUAAGUGCACCUGCCCCAAUAAGCACACUCCCACCUUUUUCAGGUAAAGAGGAUGGAUAUGCUAAUUGAAACAUAAAAAGCUCUUUACUUCACUGAUCUACCAAUAUAAUCUUCAGUCUUUUAAACAAAGACCCUCAUCAACGUAAAGGUAUGUAAGUGAAAAAAACAACAAAAAAAAACAACAGCUUAUUAGGUUGAAUAUGGUACAUUAAGAAAUUUAUUAGUAUCUGAACCAGUUUUACUCCACAUCAUCUGUGAAAUGCUUUAAUGUGUGUGAUAUGAUGCCACUGGGUAGGAUGUUAUAUUUUGUGUUAAGAGUGCAUCAUCAAUACUUUGCCAUUUUUUUUAGCAUUUGGGUUUGAUUUUAGAAUCCAUCAACUUAGUGUUGUUGAUGAUAAAUUCACAAGUCAAGCCUUUGUAAUGCAAAAUAUAGGAAAUUAUAAAAUGUUUGUGAUUUUCAUUAGAAAUCAAAAGGUGCUACUAUAUUUUUGAUUUGUAAGAUAACUUGAAUUGAGGUUGUAAUUUUCAUACAUAAUAUUUCUGAUGAAUCGAAUGAACAACAUUUUAAAGAAUAAAUUCAGUCCUGAUGAACCAAAUAACUUUUUUCAGCACAUAAAUUGAAAUACUAUAUGCUCUCAUGAGAUAAGUUGGCAUGCAUGUUGUACCGAUUCAAGGGGAGGAGUUGACAUUGUCAUUUAUAUGUGCAGGUUUCUUAUUUUAAUGGAUCUUUGGUGCAUAUUGGGAAUGGAUUAUAUUCUGUUUGAGGUCAUAUCUCUAAAAAAAAAAAACGAUUACUAUUAGUCAUUCAAGUUAGAUACCUGUAUAACAUUUCAGUCAGAGAUAAUAUUAAAUAACUCGACACAAAUGGCGGUGUGAAGGUUGUAUGGAGAAAUGUAGGUUUUUGUAGAAUAUUUAGUUAAAAGCUACAUACUGUUAUAACAUUUAUUUAGAUUUUGAUACAUUUUUAGUUUACCAAAUGUAGAUCUACUGUAUACAAAUAAAUCCUGUUUGGUCUGUA